AUGGACGAGGACGAGGACAAGGGCAAGUCCAAGGAUAUGGACGAGAACCAGGAUAUGGAGGAAAUGCCGUACCCUGGCCCGGUGCACGGCCAGAUGCCGUAUCCCGGCCCGGUGCACGGCCAGAUGGCGUUCCCCGGCGCCGCCCACCACCAGAUGGCGUUUUGCGGCGCGAUGCCGGCGCAGAUGCCAUACGGUGGCCCGGCGGCUGGCGAGCCGGCGGCGCACCACAGCGAUGUCCCACAGCAGCCAAGCCACGGCAGUCCGUCGCGCAUCCGGCUGCAGAUGCACGGCUCGGCCGGCGUGGCGCACGUCGCCAACGGCGUGGACGGCGUGGCCGGAGCGGCAUCGGACCGCGUGCUGAGCCGGCUGGGCCGCUCGCUCUACUGGUCGGACGAACAGUUCGCCGUGACGCGCGGCGCCUGGUUCUACGACGGCUCGUGGGAGCCGCUGGACGAGGCGGUGGCCGCCAUCCACCACGUGGAGUUCGACAAGUUCGUGGUGGUGUGGUACAGCAACGGCGACGUGGCCGUGCACAGCGGCCGCGUGCUCUCCAAGGUGAUGCGGGGCCUGUACCAGAAGCUCGGCUUCGAGGGCGCUGGCGAGCCGCUGCGUCGGUCGUAUCCGGUGCCGGCCGUCUGGGAGGACCGGCUGCCCGACAUCACCCACCUCAUCUUCGUGGUGCACGGCAUCGGUCAGAAGAUGGACUCCAGCUCCAUCAUCAAGAACACGGCCAGCAUGCGCUCCAUCGGGCAGCCUCUGCGCGACAAGCACUUUGGGCCGGCGGCGGGCCGCGCCGAGUUCAUCCCGGUGGAGUGGCGCUCGUCGCUGCGACUCGACGCCGGCAUGAUCGACGCCGUGACGCCGCACCAGAUGCUCGGCCUGCGCCAGAUGCUCAACGACUCGUUCAUGGACAUCAUGUACUACACGUCGCCGCUGUACCGCGACGAGCUGAUCGCCGGGCUGCGGCGCGCGCUCAACACCGUGUACGCCAACUUCAGCCGGCACUACCCGCGCUUCGAGGCGCGCGGCGGCCGCGUCUCGGUGGUGGCGCACUCGCUCGGCUGCGUCAUCCUUCACGACCUGGUCACCGGCUGGCGCGGCCGCGGCGUCCGCUCCACCCGCUCUGAAGUCCCGAGCGGCUAG